GUAUUUUAUUAGGGUAAAUCAAGUGGUGCAAACAGCUGUCCAGUACGAUUAUGCUCCUGUGUGGAAUAAAACAGCAAGACACCUAAAAAAUGUACAUAUGCUACAGCCUACAUAUCAGCAUCAGCAUCUCUCUCUCUCUCUCGCUCGCUCGCUCGCUCGCGCGCCAUCGCUGGGCUAUAGCUAUAUCACUCGUCAGUCACACCCACUCCUCGGAACCGCUGCUCACCGAUUCUCACCGAACCGUAACGUCUAAACAGCUCCAGCAUGUCUUCGGAAGGAUUAGGCGAGACUUUGGUGAUUCGGUUCGGGCUAAUAAACGCCGGUAACAAAUAUCUGACCGCGGAGAUGUUUGGUUUUAAGAUCAACGCCUCCGCGAGCUCAAUGAAGAAAAAGCAGGUGUGGACACUGGAACAGUCCGGAGACCACGGAGACUCCAAUGCCGUGUUCAUCAAAAGCCACCUGGGUCGCUACCUCGCCACCGACAAGGACGGCAACGUGACCGCGGACAGCGAGCAACCCGGCCCGGACUGUCGGUUCCUUGUGAUCGCCCACGACGACGGCCGGUGGUCCCUGCAGUCCGAGCCCCAUGCGCGCUACCUGGGCGGGACCGAGGACCGGAUCUCGUGCUUUGCGCAAAGCAUCUCGCCUGCGGAGAAAUGGAACGUGCACCUGGCAAUCCACCCUCAGGUUAACGUCUACAGCAUCGCGCGCAAGCGGUACGCACACCUGUGCGCCGAGAGGAACGAGCUCGCCGUGGACCGCGACGUGCCGUGGGGUGUGGACUCAUUGCUCACGCUCGUGUACCUGGACCACCGGUAUCAUCUGCAGACCGCAGACAACCGCUUCCUCACGUGCAGCGGCGCGCUUAAUACCAAACCGGGCACGGGCACCGGGUUCACACUGGAAUUUCGCGCGGGGAAGGUGGCUUUCCGGGACGCCACGGGCAAAUACAUCGCGCCCACGGGCCCCACCGGGACAAUGAAGUCAGGCAAGAGUGCGCGUGUCGGGAAAGAUGAGCUUUUUGUCCUCGAGCAAAGUCACGGGCAAGUGGUGCUCACAGCCAGCAACGAAAGAAACAUCUCCAUGCGCCAAGGGGUUGAUUUAUCAGCCAAUCAGGAUGAGGAGUCUGAUCAGGAGGUGUUUCAGAUGGAGAUGGACAUGGAGACAAAGCGCUGUGCCUUCCGAUCUUGCAAUGGGAAGUACUGGAGUCUCACCCCAAAUGGAGCGAUUCAAUGCUCUGCCUCCACUAAAUCACCCAGUUGUUUCUUUGACCUUGAGUGGAAAGGGUCAAAAGUGGCACUGAAGGCCAGUAAUGGUAAAUACUUGGCAGCCAAGAAGAAUGGACAGCUGGCGGCCGCUGUGGACUCUGCAGGCGAGCAGGAGGAGUUUGUGUUGAAGCUCAUCAACCGGCCGCUGAUAGUUCUGCGCGGGGAACACGGCUUUAUUGGUUGCCGUAAGCAAGGAACCGGCACACUUGAUUCAAACCGCUCGUCAUACGAUGUCUUCCAGUUAGAGUACAACAACAACGCUUACAGCCUCAAAGACUCGGUGGGGAAGUUCUGGACCGUUGAGGCAGACGGCUCUGUGAUUAGCAGCAGUGGAACACCUGUCUAUUUCCACUUUGAGUUCUGCGAUUAUAAUAAAGUGGCCAUUAAGACGGAGGAAGGCAAGUAUCUUAAGGGAGACCACGCUGGGGCUCUCAAAGCCAGCGGCCAGGCGAUUGCCGACGCAACAUUGUGGGAAUACUAAGAAACAUUCAUGGAUCUGCACACACACAAACAAACAAUGUGUGUUCUUUAAACCUAUACUUAAACAUAACACAUUCUCUACAGCAUAAGCACAAGAUGAUAAUGUACAGUCCCCAUCACGCAACAUGCGGUUUCAACAUAAUCUAACACAUUUGAAUGUAAAAGUACAAAUGCACAAAUUACUUGUCAUUAAACUCAUUAUAUUAAAGGGGUAUUUCACGCAAAAAUGGUAAGUCUGUCAGCAUUUAUGACUUUCUUCAGUCGAACAUAAAAGCAUUUAUUUUGACUUUGUGUUCUACAGAAUAAAGAAAGUCAUAUGGGUUUGGAACAAUAAUGUGAGUAAAUGAUGACAGUUUUCAUUUUUGGGUGAAUUUUCCCUUUAAUGAAGCACAAAUUGAUGGUACACUGACAAAAUAUAAUACAAAAAAAGGAUUAAUCUCAAUUAGCAUAAGUCUUCACGAAAUAAUGCAACAAUACAAUUAAGCAAUUUAAUGCACUUUGUGUAGAAUCAUGCAAAGUCACUGUCAUUGCCUUUCAGUGCUUUCAUGGUCUUAUUUCACUCCGUAUAAUAACGGUUUCUAGGAAAUUCAGUAUCUAAAUGUGCUAUUACAAUAUGGUCAGUAAUUUUGCUUAUGCAAAAUGCUGUGCAUUAUAAGCUGAGCCUCCGGCCAUAGGGUUUGUUCCUGCUCCCAAAAACAUUUUUAGAGUGAACUGGCUUCUGUAAUGAGGCCAUGUUUUAAAUAGCAGCAACGUGGCUUAGAAAAUACUGGAGAAACAUCCUUGUUCACAUUAGAGAGAUUCAGAUUUCUCCACGCACACAUACACAAGCACACAAAGUCAGUCAAAAGCAAAUCCUUUGUUUGUCAAAUUGUUAGUGUUUGUGGACAUUUUGGGUUACAUGACUUGUAUUCAGCAUGUUCCGACAUCAGGAACAACAGUGUUUUUUAUUGUAACUCUAGCUUGUUGAUUUGCACUUUUUCGGCUAAAGCUUUUCCAUGUGAAUGUGUUGAAGAAAAAGAAGUGUUUGUGCCUUCCCUGGUGGGAUAUGAUCUCCUUAGGUGUGAAAAUGCAAUUUUUGUUGAACUUCAUUUUUAUUUGAUUCUCAAUUCUCAUUAUGUGCCAUUUGCAACUGGACAUGACAAUGAAAUAAAAAAAAUGUUGGACAGUAAAUUGUUAAA